UCCCGGCGGUGGUACCCUCGUUCGCGUUACCCGUUAGCAUUUGUCCCGCGCGCAUUUCUCUCGUCAAAGUAUUCAAGUGCGAAAAAGAGAGAAGACUAAAAAAAAAGAGAAACCAGUAAAAGAACCGGCUCGUGAAGAAAAAGAAAAAUUCAAUAUCGGGUGUAUUUUGUAUAUAUGCGUUGAUUGAUUAAGAAGAUCUUCGUACAAGAGAAAAGAGAUCUCAAUGUAGUGCAGUCGCGAGAGGUCUACAUGUCCGAAGUUUGCGAGUUGUCGGGAUAAAGGAACAAUAUCAAAAAUCGAACGGGGAGUGGAAUUGCGUGCCGUUUGACGCUUCGUGAGAAGAAUGUCAAGUCCGAGCAACGUUACUGGAGCUUCGGUCGGAAUUCGCGAUGGCACCAGAGUCAUACUUCGCGAAAUAACGGCUAAUUUGCAAAAUUCGCCACCAGGAACUUCACCUAAACGCAGAGGCAGCAAUGAAGGAUCAACGAGCAAAAUCGAACCUCAACAACAGCAGCCACAGCACGAUGUAAAAGUUCGAUUUAUAAGGGAAUUCGCGGACGCGCCAAGUACGACAAUACGCGAAGGAAUACCGGAAUGCAGCAGUUUAUCGUCGGCGAGUAGCUUUCAGAGUCUCGCAAGUACAUUAAGUUCAAAAUGCAGCAGUGGAAUAUGCGUGGACAGUAGCCCGAAUAAAAGUGCGAACAAUUCGUAUCUGAGUCCGGAAAUAAAGGGUCUUGAUGAUCUUAUAGCAGCGUGUGAGAAUAUCCAUUUGAACGAUUCUACGAAGGAACAAUCUUUCGAAUUACGAGCCGAUUCGGAGGACAACAGUCCCGAUGCAACAUUUACAUCGGCAGCUGAUAACACCAGUCUUGAUCGUUCGAGAGGAAAUUCGCCGAUUAAUUUGAAGAAUGACGUUGAUCCGAGUCUUAAUGUAACCGCAGAUAUAAACAGACCAAUUUCACCGAUUAAUCAGGCGGACUCGACCGAUCCUAAUCUCAAUACUACUACAGAGAUAACGGAACCGAAAUCAUCAAUUGAUAACGAAGCUCAUUGCAAUCCCGAUAUUCCAAGAGACAUUGAAAAAGAUCCCUCCGAGCCUGAUUUUAAUUUCAACGUUGCCACCGAAAUCCAUAACGAACGACAUUCACCUGUAAUUCGUCAGAAGGAAGAAAAUACUGAUCUGAAUGUUACCACUGAAAUUCAGAGAGAGAAUCACCAACAAAUUGAACAGGAAUUUGGCUCUGAUCUUGCACGAGAGAUCGAGAAAACAUCUGCGCUUUCUUCGAGUCAAGGAAAUUCUAUAUUGAACGUUACUACCGAUGCAAUUAACGAUAAUUUUGUUAACGAUUGUCCGGAUGGACGCGAUCUCGAUUCAACGAGAGUAAUUUCCAGCAAUAAUUCACCGAUCAAAUGUUCUGUCGAUUUUAAUCUCAAUCUCGAUUCGACAAGGAUAAUUUCCAACGACGAUUCAUCGAACAAAUGUCCCAAUAAUUUUACUCCUGAUCUUGAUACAACGAGAGAAGUAACCAGAGAAUUUUCUGAGCUUAAUCGCGAAGCUCGCGGUAUAGACAAACCCCAAAUUUUUUAUGAAAAUGCAAUAAGCUCUUCGACUCAAUUGCACUCUCACACACCUGAAUUCGUCGAUGCACUGUGUACGUCAUCCGAGCUUGAAAAAUCGGACGGAACGUUCGUUCAGUGCGUCAGUGAUAUUGCACAAUUAUCGGAGCCUAAAGAAACCGACGUAGCAUUGAAAGACUUAGAUUUUGCUAUCGAAAGUACUGAAAUUUUGAAAUCUACCGUUGAAGAAAGUAAGGAGGAAUUGAAAGGGUACGAGGAUUAUCCCCUCGAAUUGAUAACACCGUCGCUUUCACAAUUCCACGAAAAUUUAUGCGCUCCCAACUUCGAGUCGAUCAACGAAUCCGACAUAUCGGCGGAAAAAAAUUUCUCGAAAUUCAGCGCUCAAGAUUUGAAAAUAACGAAACAAACGGAUAAUUUCGUCGACGAAUCGAAAGAGCUGAUAAAGGAAAAUACGGAAAGUUGGACAAUUCCUACCUUACCAACUUUGUCAAGUAUUCACUCGCCAAUUGAUUUGAACGAGAGCACAAAUUUACGUAUACAAGAAGCUUCAAUCCAGGAGAUCGAUCAUUCGAACGAAAAUAAUUCACAACGUUCACUAGAACUAAAAGAGAGCGAAAAUAGUGAAGAAAAUCGUACAGAAGGGUGUUCAAUUUCAGAAAAAUUCGCUGCACCACUGACCAUUGAAAAUUGUUUGGCAAAACCAUUGACGAAUUUUAUCAGUGCCUAUAAUCUAGUGGACGGUGGCGUAGGCGUUUGCGACCCUGAUACGGAAGAAUAUGAACUGACAACACCAGCGGUGCCCGUACCGUUGAAACUUUCGAAAAUUAUAAAUUGUACGGUUCCUAAAAUCACGUGUCACAGCGUCAAAGAUUUGAUUCAACAGAAAUUGAGAAAAGAGAAAAUACAAGGCGAAGAGUUUAACUUAUCGAGAAAAAUCAAUAGGGAUUCGAAUAAUCCAGAACUAUUAACGGACAACGAGAUCGAUCAUUUGGAAUCUGGAACCGUUAGUGCGGAAAUAGAAACAGAAAGUUUUCCAGAAAUUACGAAAAAACAAAAUGGAUCAAAUGAUGAACUCGAUACGACUGUAACAGCUGAUGAUUUGGACAUCGAUGAUUUUCCUGAGAGCGAUCAAUUCGCCGAAUUCGUUCCUCAACGACAAAGCACCGGAUUCGAGCAACUAAAUAAAUUAGAACCACAAAAAUCGACCCUCAUUGCUGGUGCAACCGAAGAACACAAUUUCGUUCGUCCACCCGUCCCCUUGAACGAAAACUACGAAGAAUUCAGACCACAAAAACAAAGUACAAGUUUGAAUAAUUUCACGUCUCCUGUGUCCUCAAAACCCGAGAGACAGAGAACACACUACCUAACAGCUUUAUCCGAACCCGAAGAAUCAUCGAUAAACGAGAAAAUAAAAUCUACUCCGAACAAACAAGUCAAUAGCUUUGAUCAUCGCUGCAAUUUCGAACAAUUGGAAGUAGCUGCCAACUCGGUUGCCAAUGAUAUUUUCAACUCAUCCCUUGACCUCCCCGAAGAAAACGAACACUACGUGAGCGCGCAAUCCGAAGUUUUUCAAGAUCCGUCAAAUUUUGAGUUCUUCCUAUCGAAAACCCCGAAGAGAAAUACGAAUCGAAAUUUGCGAGAUUUGUCAUUGUACGUGAAGUUUGAUCCAUUGGUAUCGAACACAAGUAUGUUGCCACAAGGAAAUAUUCAGAGCGCCAGUCCACCGACGAGUGAGGCGAGAAACGGAGAAAAUAAUACCGCGGUACCGAAUGUCGGUACGCCAAAGCGAAAUCCAGCAAUAGCAGCAAUUGACCGAUUGUUAUUCUACAGCCCAAUGUCAGGCAACGCGACACCGACCAACACAAGUACGACAACUCAGAAGACAAAUGAUGGGCAGGAAAAAUUGAAAUCUGCGGAUGAAGCCACCGAGGAUACGAUAAACAUGGCGAAAGAGUUGGAAUUGGUUCGAACGACGGUGUUGCAACUUGAGGAGCAAUUGGAAAAAUUGAAAAUCGAUCAUGAAGAAGCGUUAGAUAAGCAAGCCAGUUAUAAAGAAAAAAUCAAUCAAUUGCAAACUCAACUUGCCCAGGAAGUUAAACACAAGAAUGAAAUAACGGUCGUUGUCGAUGAGUAUGAAAUAUCGAUAAGUCGUUUGGUCGCUGAACGGGAACGAGAUCGAAAAAAUCUUGACCUCGAAAAAGCUAAAUUGCAGGAAGAACUCGCGGCAGCGAAACAUCAUCUCGACAAUACCGAAGCCGCAUUCAAUGAUGUACAUUUGAAAUAUGAGAGACUCAAAGCCGUUGUCGCAACAUACAAAAACAACGAGGCGGAGCUCAAAAAAAGCAUACAAGAGAACGUUGAAAUAAUCAAAUCUUUGGAAAAUCGUUACGAACAGGUCAAGAGUCAUGCGACGGCGAGGCUCGAGAAGGCUAACUUGGAUCUCGAAGAAAUCCGUAAGCAGAACGACUCCGAAACUGUCAGACUCCGAGCAAUGUUGAGAAAAGCCGAAUUGAAGAGUAAUUCAUUGGCAGAGUUGGUCGAGCAAAAAACAAAGGAGAACAAUCAGUUAACGCAAAUAUUGGAUGAGCUGAUUGCAAGGGUUGGAGUCAACAAGUCGGAAUGAUUUAGUUUCUUUUUGAACGAUCAAUUCCCAAAAACUAACCCACUGAAAAGGAAUCCUUUCGAUACCUCAUCGUUUUUUGAAUAGCAAUCUUAAUAUCGUCGUGAUCUCUAUUAUCGUACUGAAACGGUGUGGAUUCAUUGUAAACAACGUAACGAGAGAUUUUUUCAAUUCUGCGUACAUGAGGAAAAAAUAGUAUAUAGAUAUAUAUAUAUAUAUAUAUUUGGCACGGUAAAUAACGCAACCAUUCAUUUGUACAAACUGAUUGAUAUUUAAUAAUAGUAAAAACGGGAAAAUAGAGAAGAAAAAAGAAUAGUAUUGUCGAGAUCGGCUGAAAGAGCUCGUAGAACGAAAAAAAAACCGGUGCUUUACGAUUUAAGAAGGAUCCUCGAACGCUAUCGGAUCACGAUGAUACUAUUUUAACGAUUUUCACUAGAUUUCUAUUCGACUGUGCUUGAUUCGCAUGUAUUUCACUUCGCGUUUUUUCGAUUUUUUCAAAGUAUUAAUUUUACUCCACGCUAUUUAUAUGUGACCGAUGAUGUGCGAUGAUACACGGCCGGUGAUGUAUGCAGAUUUGAAUUUUUCUCUGUUAAUUUCUCACACUUUAGCAAGCGUAUAUAUGUAUGUAAAUGAUGCAUCUCUCUCCAAAGAUGCGAAAUCAAAACACACAGAAAAGAAAAAACAGGAAGGAAGAAAAGAAGAAACAACAAAUACUACUAAUAGAUGAGUUACGGUUUUUUUUUUAUUUAAGUGAAACGCCUUUUUAUUAAUUAUUUAUAGGUUGUAAAAUAUACUAUUUUAUUGCUAAUAAAAAAAUAUGCUUAAAUAA